AUGGAGGUAAAACCGCCGCCCGGUUGCCCCCAGCCUGACUCCGGCCUCCACCGGCAGGAGGAGGAGGAGGGCCAUGGUCCAAAGGAACUAGAACAGUUGAGGAAGCUGUUUAUUGGUGGUCUGAGCUUUGAAACCACAGAUGAUAGCUUAAGAGAACAUUUUGAGAAAUGGGGCAUACUUACAGACUGUGUGGUAAUGAGAGAUCCCCAAACGAAACAUUCCAGGGGCUUUGGUUUUGUGACCUACUCUUGUGCUGAAGAGGUGGAUGCUGCAAUGUGUGCUCACAAGGUUGAUGGGCGUGUGGUAGAACCAAAGAGAGCUGUUUCUAGAGAGGUGCCUGGUGCCCAUUUAACCAUGAAGAACAUUUUUGUUGGUGGUAUUAAAGAAGGUACAGAAGAAUACAAUCUGAGAGACUACUUUGAAAAGUGUGGCAAGAUUGAAACCAUAGGAGUUAUGGAAGACAGGCAGAGUGGAAAAAAGAGAGGAUUUGCUUUUGUAACUUUUGAUGAUCAUGACACAGUUGAUAAAAUUGGUGUUCAGAAAUACCACACUAUUAAUGGGCAUAAUGGUGAAGUGAAAAAGGCCCUUUCUAAACAAGAGAUGCAGUCUGCUGGAUCACAGCGAGGUCGUGGAGGUGGAUCUGGCAACUUUAUGGGUCGGGGAGGAAACUUUGGAGGUGGUGGAGGUAAUUUUGGUUGUGGUGGAAGAGGAGGCUAUGGUGGUGGUGGUGGAGGUGGUGGCAGCCGAGGUAGUUAUGGAGGUGGUGAUGGUGGAUAUAAUGGAUUUGGAGGUGAUGGUGAAUACGGUGGUGGUCCUGGUUACAGCAGUAGAGGAGGCUAUGGUGGUGGUGGAGCAGGCUAUGGAAACCAAGGUGGUGGAUAUGGUGGUGGUGGAGGAGGAUAUGAUGGUUACAAUGAAGGAGGAAGUUUUGGUGGAGACUAUGGUGGUGGUGGAAACUAUAAUGACUUUGGAAAUUAUAGUGGAAAACAGCAAUCAAAUUAUGGGCCCAUGAAAGGGGGCAGUUUUGGUGGAAGAAGCUCAGGCAGUCCCUAUGGUGGUGGCUAUGCAUCUGGUGGUGGAAGUGGUGGAUAUGGUAGCAGAAGGUCCCGAAGGCGGCUCUACCCGGAGCGGAAGGGCGGCCGCCGGCCGGACCACCGAUCCCAGGGGGCCCCGCGGCGCCGCGCACGCGCACUGGCGAGGGGGCAGCGCCGCCGCAGGAGGCCGGGGAACCGACUGGCGAUCUGUGGCGGCGGCGGCGGCUGGGCGGCGGUGGCAGUUCGCGGCGAGGGCGACGGCUCCGAGGCGGAGUGGCCGUCCGGCGGUGACCGGGCGCCGUCCCCCGCAUGA